UGGGUUAGCUCCCUUUCCCUCCCACUGCUCCUGACCGCUCGAUCGGGAAGUUGGGCUCCGGGUACGCGCGUUUGCCGUUGCUGUUUUUGACGGGGUCGUUGGCGGCUAGCAUCUCAUCGAUAGCCUCGCCGGUUGCCUUCGGGUCCGCAGCGGCAGCUCCCUGAUCAUCAGAGGAAGGACCGCCAGCACUAGCCUAUGAGGCAUGUGAGGCCUGUGAGGCGUCGGCAGGUCCCGUGCUUGCACCCUCCGACAUCGUAGCCGCGCGCUGCGUGUGGUCGAGCCCGCAGCUCCGUCCCGGGCAUUUUCUCGAUUUUUCGCCGGUAUUUCACCGCCACGGAACUGUUGUAGUGGCAAUUCCCCGAGACUCGUUUGUGUGUGCAGCUACUAGCUUGUCUGUUGGUUGUGUUGUGAUCGUGUUGCAGCAAUACCAUACAGGCGAAGUGCUGCUAUACCCUGUGGUUUUCAAUGUUAGGAUCGCACAUGUCGGGGUCUUGGCACAGGGGUGU